AGCAUGUUCAAUCUCAACCCUCGAUACCAGCCACUAGCCCCCAGCAAUGACUCCAGUCGCCCGCGCACUCGUCUGCAGCGCUUCCACCAUACUACCUCCUGCUAUCUACUAGCAUGGCUAAUCACCAUAGCCAUCUCAGCCAGCAUCGGCAGUCUAAUCGGGCUCCGUCAUCGACCAUGCGAGUGCUCUGGCAUAUAUUCAAACCCAACCAUCCCUCUCGACACCCAAAAAGAAACCUUCACCUACAACCGCACAUUCGGCGCCGAUCCCAGGGAGGAUCCCAACACGCAGGCAGCAUGGGACUCGAUCGUUCCGUUCGGCCAAGGCACAGUCCGCUACGCCUCCCCAGAAACAGAGCAGAUCUACUACACCGUUUCAGCCGUCCACCAACUCCAUUGUCUGUGGUCCAUCCACAAAUCCUACUACCGCUCCCACGUCCACGGAGUCACCAGUACAGAGCACGGCGACGAGCGCGAGCACCACGCUAAGGAAAAAGAGCAGCGGCACAUGCGACACUGUUUCGAUUACCUGCGACAGAGCCUCAUGUGUGCGGCGGACGCGACGCUGGAGCCUGUGGAUGCUGCGCUGGGCGGCGUCACGGGGUGGGGGGUGCAGCGCGUGUGUCGCGACUAUGUGGCGCUGGCGGGGUGGGCGGAGGAGCGGCGCGUGAGUGAUGCGAAGGGGUUUCAGUGA